AUGGGACACUGCAGGCAAGUUAUAGCCUAUGAGUGGGUACCUGAACUCAAACAUUAUGCUCCUGGUGUUCCCAUCUUCCUUGUUGGAACAAAGCUUGAUCUUCGAGAUGAUAAAGAGUACUUGCUUGAGCACCCCGGAGCUGUUCCUAUAUCUACUUCUCAUGUAAAUUUACUCCUCUUUUCGUCAUCGUUUUCUUUAAAACCAACAUUGAGUUGUGUUGUGACGAACCGGAUGCACUCAUGGGCCAGAUGUUCUACUAGAGCCAUACCGGAUGCCUAUGCUGAAGGCCAGACGCUCAACUAG